ACCACCAAUACAUUGCCGACCGUCACAGCGACCGCACAUUUUAAAAUAAAUAACUUGGAGCUUUUUAAAAAGUUGUGUCAGUGAUUAUAUCGUCCCUUCAACGUAAAUCUUUACAGGACCUAAUUUCAUGAUGAAGGUCAUACUAUUAUGCCUGGCCUUCGCAGCUGUGACUCUGGCAAUGCCAGUAGCCGAAGAGAAACCUGAUGUGGUUGCACAAGCUCCAUCAGUUGCGGCAAAACCUGAAGAGAUCAACGACCAACCCGCUCCAGCAGAAGACAAGAAAGUCGAGGAAGCUCCCCAAUCAAAGGAAGCUGAAAAAGAACCUGAAGCCAAGAAUGCACCUAUAGAAGAAAAAAAACCCGAAGUCAAAGACGAACCUGAAAAGGCCCCAGAACCUCAAGCGAAAGAAGUUGUACCUGAAGUAAAAUCAGCAGAACCUGAACCUGAAAAGAAACCUGAAUCCAGUGAUUCUGCAGAAUCAAAAUCUGAAGAGAAAGUUGUAGAGCCGGAAUCUAAGCCAGUUGAAGAGCCUAAGCCGGCUGAGGAGCCUAAACCAGUUGAGGAGCCCAAAGCUGCUGAAGUGCCAGCUAUAGUAAAUGAAGUACCCAAGGAUGCAUCUGCUAAGGCAGCUGCGUUGCCCGAGGAAAAUAUUGACGUUGUUACUGCUGUGAAAAAUGAUGCCGGUAUCGCUGAUGACGUCAUGAUGCCCGAUGUUUUGAUCCCAACACCAGUGAAGAAAAUUGACUUGCCUGAGGUACCAGCCGCUGUCGUUGAACCUGAACCAAAAAAAUCUGAACCAUCUGCUCCCGUGGAAGAACCUGCUAAGGCUGAGGUAAGCAAACCAGAAGAACCUAAAGAAGAAGUUAAGGCUGCAGAGACCGCCUCCGAUGCUGUGCCUGCUGUCUCAAAAUCGGAAGAGAGUUCUGAGGAUAGCCUACGUGUAGUCCGUAACACAGUCGAUGGUAAACUGGUUGUUGCUGCUGAGGACAAACCUGAGCCUGCUGCUGAAAACAAACCUGAGGCAGUUGCGGAAAGCAAACCUGAGCCAGUAGCUGAAAGCAAAGCUGCACCUGUUGAAGAGAAGAAACCUGAAGUUGUUGAGGCGAGCAAACCUGAAUCUGUUGUAGAAAGCAAACCUGAACCCGCUGUAGAAUCCAAAUCCGCGCCUGUCUCAGAGAACAAACCCGUUGAAGAAGCUAAACCAGAGGCUCAGCCUGCCGAAGCUGCCAAAGAAGCUGAGGUUCCCAAAGAAGUAAAGAAAGACGAGGCCGAACAAAAAGAAUCAAAAUCAGGCGACGUUGCUGCACCUGAGCCUGCAGCUAAAGAAGAGCCUGCCCCAGCGCCUGCUGUUGAAGAGAAAAAGUCUGACAACAAAGAGAUUAUACCUGAGAAGAGCGAACCAGCUCCUGCUAAACAGGAGCAGCCUUUAAACGACAAACCGUCAAGCUCAAGUGAGGAAAGCGCGAGCGAAGAAUCAAAAGAAACCUCAUCUGAAGAGAAAACUGGAGCUCCUGAAUCUUAGAUAAGUAGUGGUGGCGUGCGGCGGCGGACGUGUGUCGACACGCGAGUCUCGACACGCGCCCCCCGCCCGGCGGCCCGCCCCCGCCCGCAGCGUGCAAGUGACGAGUGAGUGAGUGACUGGUGACCGACGCAGACGCGCCGACUGCGUGGAUAACUCCGACUAUUCAUUAGAUCUAGAGACUAUUUAAAUAGCCGAUCCGAAAAUUAUUACCUACGUUGUAGUUAUAAUUUGUCAAAGUAAAUUAUCGAAUUUCCGGUACUAUAAGUAAUAAAAUAUGUUUUUAUAA